UGCGAGCAGCCGCCCCGGGCCCCGCGGGCCGCGCCGCUUUAAGGAGAGAGGGGGGCCGCGGAGUGCCCGUCCCAUCUGGUGCCCAUCCAACUCUUCCUCCUUCCCCUUGGCUUUUUCUUUUCCCAAUGAGCUCCAGCGGGCUGGGGGAGGAGCGGGGGAAGGAGCAAACUUUGCCCCUGAGCUGCCGCCGCUGCCAGCCCUCGGGACUGUGAGUGCGUACGGUGGGCAUCCGCCCCAUCCUCCUUGCAGCACCAGCCUGCUCCGCCGGCUCCAGCCUCCCUCUCCCUCGCUCUCCUCUAAAUUUCGCACACUACGAUGUAGGGGGCUUGUCGUUAUUAUUAAUUUUUUUUUUAAUUUAUUUCUCACCGAAGAUGGUUUAAUUUUUUUAUACUUCUAUUAUUUAUUAAUCCCUCCCAACCGUAAACCUGCCCAGCCUUCUGCCAGCUGGGCCAGAGCAUAAAGCCUGGGACUGCACCUGGGGCAAUGAGCCCCGCGCUGAAGAAGCCUCCUAGAGGGAUGUGCCGGGGCCGCGCAACAGACUAGAUCCAAGCCCCGAAGCUUACACCAUCAGUUAUCCCUUCUCCCUCAGCCCCUUCGCCCGCCUUUUCUGCACCCCGGCCCCUCGAAGCCUCGGAUCAGUGCCUGCGCUGCGCUCCGGAGAUCUCUGCCGGGGUGAAACGCCCGGAGCCCAAGGAGAGACGGGGCGGCCGUGCUAGAUGCAUGGGGGAGGGCUCCGGUUAAUGCAAGUUCUGGGCUCCUGCAGGGACCCCGACAACUGUCAGCAGCAGCAGCAACUCGGGGCCUCCUCCUCCGCUUCCUCAGCGAUGCUUUUCCACAGUCUGUCCGGCUCAGAGAUGCACGGGGUCAUCGACGAGAUGGAUCGGAGAACCAAAAGCGAAGCACCGGCCAUCAGCUCGGCUAUAGACAGGGGAGAGACCGAAACGUUCCUAGUGAUGCUCUCUGUGGACAUCACCAUCUUGUGGCCGAGUGGACAUGCGAGCCGCGGUGCUAAUGGAGGAGGCGCUUUAAGUUGCAAUGAAAACGAUGGUGACCACCUGGAUAGAGACCAGCAAUACCCCAGCAAUCAAAAAACAAAGCGCAUGAGGACAUCAUUCAAACACCACCAGUUGCGGACAAUGAAGUCAUACUUUGCUAUUAACCACAAUCCUGAUGCCAAGGACUUGAAACAGCUAGCUCAGAAAACCGGCCUGACCAAAAGAGUUCUUCAGGUUUGGUUUCAAAAUGCUCGAGCCAAAUUCAGACGGAACCUCUUACGUCAAGAAAACACAGGGGUGGAUAAGACUUCAGACUCAACACUCCAAGCAGGGACCCCAUCAGGUCCUGCCUCAGAAAUAUCCAAUGCCUCCAUGAGUCCAUCCAGCACUCCCACUACUUUAACGGACUUGACUAAUCCUACUAUGCCUACUGUGACAUCUGUCUUGACAUCAGUGCCCGGAAGUCUUGAGGUUCAUGAAUCUCGAAGUCCUUCACAGACAACUCUUACAAAUCUUUUCUGAUGACUCUUUCUUAAUAAUUUCUUUAAAAAAGAAAUUAUUCUUAGCUGAAAUUCCAAGUGUAUUUUAAUAGAGGCUUUGAGCAACUGACUAACCACAAUUAGGAUCUCUCCUAAAAAACAGAAGGAAAUGUAGUGUUCUGGUAUUACGGAGUACGGACUGAAGAAUAACUUGGAAGAUCUAUUGCAACACAACAUUUGUGUAACUGUACAGUUUUGUGGACUGAGCAAGGGAAACAGCAAUUAAUUUAAGUUGGCUAAAGCUUCUGUAUUUUCAAAGACUGCCAUGUGCCUUAUAUACUGUUUUAUCUACAUUCUUUGGAUUCCAUGUCCACUUCUCUCUUUUUCUCUCUGUAUAUUUAUGACCAGGGCAAAAAUGUUAAGAGUUUGUUACUUUGAAUAGUCCUAAGCCUUUCAUUGGUUGCUUUGUUGUUUUAGAAUUUUAAGGUCGAAGUCUGUUCGAAUACCAGAAUUUGUAAAAUCUAACCAGUAAUAAAACCACUUAUGGAAACUACUUGGUAAUGGCUGCAGUUACAUUUAACAUUAGUGUCACAAUCAAGAUAGGCUGAUUGUAUUUAAAAGGAUUAGAAAACUGCACUGCAAGCACAGUAUCUGCCUAGGAUAAACUCUAAAUAUGAUGUAUACAUUCUUCCUGUUCCUGAAGUAUAUAUAUAUAUAUGGUGAGACAUCCAGCUUGUACAACAGUCUAGGUAUCUGCAUUGUAGAGAAAUAAAUAACUGCUAGUUGCAGGUAGAAGUUACCAGUUAAUGUUAAAAUUAAACCAGAAGAACUAUCCUUAACUUUGCUGCGUGUAAGAAACUUGACUUCAGCUAGCAUUUCUGAAAACAAUCUUGCUUUUGUGCAAGAGAUGGCUUGUCCCCUUUCCUGGAGGGGGCAAGCGGGGUAUCUGACAGCUCUGUGGCCACAGUCAGCCCAUUACAGAGGUGGACGCGGGGUAAUGUUUUCCCUAGGAAAAAGACAGAAGUAUUUCAGGUUAUUUUACAACACUGGUGGGCAAAGUCGAGGCAAAAUUAUGUUUUAUAAAGUCACAGCCUUACGUUUUUUCUAACGCUUUGAAGGAAUAAAAAGCCAAGGAAGAAUACGAUUAGUAUGGAUGCGAAUAAAAGUGGUUACUCCUUUAAUGAAUAUGGACCUUUCAAUCCAGUUGAAUUCCUUCUCCCCCCAAAAAUAUGUGCAGAAUAUCACUCAUAUUUUGAGUUUUUUUCCUAUUGUUUUUAAAAAUGCUUUUCUGUAAUUAAAGAAAUACCUCAGCAAAGUUUAAAUAUGUAUAAGAACGAGUAUACACAAUGCUGUUUGCCCAGUAGUUUUAUAGAUUUUGAGUGGUACAUACGAUGCAUAUGGUUGUUCCUUUUCAAACCCGUUACAAUCAGUUUAUUUCAGACAAAUGUUAGGUUGUAUGUGGAUAGCUCUCUAAUCCAUCCUUCCCAUUGGAUCAAACCUGCUAAAAGAUCAUUCCAAAUAAACAGCAAGAUAGGUGCCAAGAUUUGUGUUCUUUGCCCUUUUCCGUGCAUCGAAGAUGAUUUAGUAGCCCAGGCUCUUUGUUAACAAUGUUUUGGUUUUAAAAGCGCUACAUUUAUUCAGCUUUCUCAGCUGAAAAUUUGCCAUUUUUGUGCAAGCCAAAUUCCUAUCAAGAUCAGUGAGAGAUCUCAGAGCACGAGGACUGUGGGAUAGAAAUGCUGACAUAAUUAGGUCAUUUAUUAACAUUUUUUUUACACUUCAGCUUAAAAAAACCCACAGGUGAGUUAUCUGAAAAGCAAGAUAGUCCUAAAAAAAUCAUAACUAGCUAAGAUCUGUGAAAGGGAUUACGUUCUGGUCACUAAACCCAAUAGGCUAGCAUAGUUCAUUAAGUUUAUGCACAAUGAUGAAACAUCA